GUGCCUGGGAUGGGAGGGAGAGGGUGGGGACCUGGGGAAACCGAAGGUCUUAGAGGCAGUGGAGAAAACAAGAGAGACUAAUCAUACCCUUUUUUGGUCCUCAUGGACAAAUAUCACUCCCAUACACUGCCUCUCCUCACUCCUGCUCACACGGUUGCCCCAGGAUGCAACGGAGAAUGAUUUGAAAGAGAGCGUGUUUCCCAAAGCACUUCACAAACUUAAAAGAGCUCCCUGAAUGUCCUUUAUUAGUCCCAAGUAGAGAUUCCCUUACUUUGGGCUGGAAGCUUUAGUGUUUAGUAAAAACAGAAAGCUUGUAAUCACCUUCCAGAAGUGAACUCCUAAGUAGCUUCUACCAAUGCGCUUCUUUGUGUCCCUGGUGCCCUCCCUUCUGCUAUUUAUCCACUCAACACAUAAACUGUUCCCUUCCCCCUCCCAACCCCGUCUCUGUUCUCAACAGGUAGCACUGGUGGAUCUCAAUCUGGAGGAAGGUGAAAAAUGUAAAGCUGCCCUGGACGAGCUGUUCGAGCCUCAAAAGACGCUGUUUCUUCAGUGUGAUGUAGCAGAUCAGGAACAACUGAGAGAUACUUUUCGAAAAGUUGUUCAACAUUUUGGAAGACUGGAUAUUUUGGUCAAUAAUGCUGGAGUGAAUAAUGAAAAACAGUGGGAAAAAACUGUCCAGAUUAAUUUGGUUUCUGUGAUUAGUGGAACAUAUCUUGGACUGGAGUACAUGAGUAAACAAAAUGGAGGUGAUGGAGGGGUCAUCAUCAACAUGUCAUCUCUGGCAGGACUUAUGCCUACUGCACACCAACCUGUAUACUGUGCUUCCAAACAUGGAAUAAUUGGAUUCACACGUUCUACAGCUAUGGCAGCUAACUAUACGAAAAAUGGUGUGAGAAUAAAUGCCAUUUGCCCGGGUUUUGUUAACACACCGAUUCUUCAGUCCAUUGAAAAAGAAGAGAACAUGGGACAAUAUUAUGAAUACAAGGAUUGUAUCAAAGAUAUGAUGAAAUUUUAUGGAGUCUUAGACCCAUCGACCAUCGCUAAAGGAUUAAUAACCAUCAUAGAAGAUGAUUCUCUAAAUGGUGCAAUUAUGAAGAUCACAACUUCUAAGGGAAUUCACUUUCAAAACUAUGAUACAAUUACGUAUCAUUCUAAUACUCAUUAAACAUUUCACGAAUUGACAACAUCUGAAUAGAAGUACAACUGAUAUAUUCAUGCACUUCUGGAUUUGAUUCAUAGUAUAGAAAUUAUCUGUUUUAAAGAUAUCAUAUAGCUUAAGUCCUUGAGAAAAAUCUAUAAUGAAGAAGAAUUGCAUUUAUGUGAGAAAACGUUAACAUGUUAAUGACAGUUUUACCUUGUGGUCUACCAAGCAUGUGCUUAAUAGUUAUAAAUCUGAUAUGUAGCAUGGGCCAGAGAUUUACAUGGGAACUCUGAGCUCCGAAGACUGUAAAAGGAUGUUGAAAUACUAUUGUGUGUUUUUUUUUAAUCCAGUUAAGUGAUUGGAACACAAAUGAUUUUUUUUUCCCGAA